GAUACGAAGCAGAAUCAACGGAUUUGGUGACCCGGAAUACGUACACCCAGUACACCAGGAUGGCGACAAACGGGCUGUGUGGUUAUGUCGACAUUAAAAUGAUGAUCGCCCCGUGGUUUGCCUGGGACGAAGAAUGUACUGCUGAGUACUAUGGCAUGGACCUGUUGAAUGACGCAAACUGGCUGUCGUACCAUCCCGUGCCCGCCGUAUUGACGACGCAGUGGUCACGCAAGUUGGAACUGGCUGAGACCCAAGUGGCAAAAAGCUGCGUGUUUCGAUACGAUGGCUCUCACCGGAGAGGGUUGUUAAUAACCCAUGAGAACAGCUACUCCAAAUUAGAGGCUAUUGGAACUAUAGACUUCGAUCGGUAUGCUCCGGUCGUUGUUUACCCUGAUAACAAUAAUGAGAUUCUAAGACCGAUGGGCAUGUGGGUGGACUGCGAUCCAUACAUCACCAACCACAUGACGGGCGCACACGCUGCCCAGCCUAACACUGUGAUGAUGAGCGCGACACCUGCUCUGACUUCACAGUCACUAUCAACGGAGGUCAUUGAGCCAAGACGCCUAUACGUCUUAUAUUCACGUCUGGACACCAGUAGUCCGGAGAUGACGGCCAUAAAGGUGACGGACAUCCAGCUGCCGGACCCCCUGUCCCUUGACUCGAUUAUACGGGCGGCAAAAAACUACCUGCUUUACCCGGCACUCUCCGCCGUGAUGGGCUUCAUAUCGGGAGGACCCACCGGGGCGAGCCAUUUGGUUUCACAGGCGGUAAAAGACCUUGUCCCGACACAACACUUGGACGUAGUCAAGGAUGUGCUGGACAAAACGAAGACGAUGGUGGCGGAGGGUGGGGCCGCUGGGGACCAAUGA